UAGCGGAACGCGGGGUGCGGGCUGAGGUUGCCUGUGGCCCUGCCCGGUGAAGGUGUCGCACAAGGCCCCAUGAGCGCUGGACCCCUGGUGGGCUACAGCAGCAGCGGCUCCGAAGAUGAGGACGAGGCUGAGGCUGAGAUCGAGGCCGCGACCGAGGGGCGGACCAGGCCCGGGGCUGGGCACUGUCGUCGUGGCCAGAGUCCUGAUCCUAGUCAGAGGUUUCCAGUGCCCGACAGUGUACUGAACAUGUUCCCCAGCACAGAGGAGAGGCCUGAGGAUGACAGUGCAAAACAUGGGGGACGUGUGCGCACCUUUCCCCAUGAGCGAGGCAAUUGGGCCACCCAUGUCUACCUACCAUAUGAAGCCAGGGAGGAGUUUCUGGAGCUGCUUGAUCUGUUGCUACCCCACGCACAGACCUAUGUGCCCUGGCUGGUGAGGAUGGAGGCCUUCCACCUCAGCCUGUCUCAGAGUGUGGUUCUGCGUCACCACUGGAUCCUCCCCUUCGUGCAGGCUCUGAAAGACCGCAUGGCCUCCUUCCAGAGAUUCUUCUUUACUGCCAACCGUGUAAAGAUUUAUACUAAUCAAGAGAAGACCAGGUGUGUCCCCCUGAUCCCAAGUCACUACCAGAAGAAGAGUCUUUGGACCUUUGUUGGGCUUGAGGUCACUUCAGGGCAUGCCGAGUGCCUGGACCUGGUUUCAGAGGUUGACAGAGUCAUGGAGGAAUUCGACCUCACCACUUUCUAUCCGGACCCUUCAUUCCACAUCAGUCUGGCCUGGUGUGUGGGCGAUGCUCGUCCCCAGCUAGAAGGACAGUGCCUGCAGGAACUACAGGAAAUCUUGGAUGAGUUUGAGGAUUCUGAGAUGCUGCUCCGCGUGCUCACCGAGCAGGUGCGCUGCAAGUCUGGGAACAAGUUCUUCUCCCUGCCUUUGAAGUGAGCACAGAAGCCUUACUUGUCCAGGCCCCUCUGCAGGCCAGGCCGUGAAGAGGAAUAGUCCAUGGGAACACUCCCAGCCUCCCUCUAAGAGGCCCAGUCAUGCCUCUGGACUGAGUGGUGUUGCCAUCCUGGAUUGUCCUGGGGGCUGCUUCUCCUGGUCCUUUGGGGUUUCAGGUUGGAUGCAGCUGUAUUGUGGUCAUUCCCAGGAGUCACCAGUAGAGGGCAGCCUGGGUUUCCUAAUUCUUGCACUGUGGCUAUGCAGAAAAGAAAAAUGAGGGCUGCCAGGAGAGCCCACCCACACUCAGCCGGAAUCCCCCCCAUAGUCCCCCUAAUGAACAGCCCCCUCCCUGACACUCCCCCUUCUGUGUUUAGUAUUUUGAUGCCCUUGGCCUCAUACCAGGUUUUUUUUAAAUCAUCAUGCCCUGCCUUAUCCCUGUCAAGCAAGGACAUAGGAUUCUUCCGAGAGUCUGUCACCCUCCUUCCUUGAAGUAUGUCACUUUUAUUUAUUUUCUGUUAAUCCCAGCCCCUCCUGUGCCAACAGAGACCAUUUCGGGGCCAAGGUACAGGGUGGUAAUUUGUGGUUCAGCAUCAGUUUUCUCCAUUCUUUCCUCCCACUCGCCCCCAGCCAGGUGCCUGGGGAGACUUGAGCAGAUGUUUCAUUUUGGCCUAGCCAUGGCUGAAAGCCCGGCCUCCAGCACUCUGUGACCUCUGGCUUCCCCACCAACUUUCCCAACUUCCCCUGUCAGUGCCUGGGCAUUCUGUAGGGAACCCGGAGGGAGGACCAGGGAUGCACAGGACCUUUAUUUUUUCAAUCCCUCACCAAGGUGAAGGGCCAGCCCUCUCCAGUUAUUAUCUGGGUUUCUGGUAAUAGAUGAAGAAAUGUUUUUGUUAUAGUUUCAAAUUAUGUUCAACAAAUAAAAAUUGCAUUUUUAAAAAUU